UGUGGGUCAGGUUCUGGCCUACCUGGAAGCAGUGACGGGCCGGGGUCCUCAGGACAGUGACCUGUGCAGCUUGGCCCAGGCCCUGGACCCCCAUGGGGAGGGCCCUGCCGCCACUGUGGACCGAGCCACCUUCUUCAGCAUCAUGCAGAGCUGGAUCGCCACCUGCCAACUGGGGCCGGCAUUGGAGCUGGAAGAGGAGGCAGCCGCGGAACCCAGCCUCUCGCCAUCUGGAGACCCUGCCCAGCUGGAGAGCUAUGGAGGCGAGGAAGUCUUGCCUGAGAUGCCGGCCACAGCUGAGCUGCUUAGCAGCCUGGAGGAGCUGGAACUGAGCAAUCGGAGGCUGGCAGGGGAGAAUGCCAAGCUGCAGAAAAGUGUGGAGACGGCCGAUGAGGGGGCUGCCCGGCUGGGGGAGGAGCUGGCCUCCCUGCGCAAGCGGCUCCGCAGUUCCCAGCAGGCUUUGCAGUUUGCCAAGGCUGUGGAUGAGGAACUGGAAGAUAUGAAGAGUUUGGCCAAGAGCCUGGAGGAGGAAAAUCGCAGCCUCGUGGCCCAGGCUCGGCAGACGGAAAGAGAACAGCAGCAGCUGGUGGCUAAGGUGGAGACCCUGCAGGAGGAGAAUGGGAAGUUGGUCGCCGAGAGGGACAGUGCGAAGAAGAGGAAUGAGGAGCUGGCCACAGAGAAGGAGGCCUUGAGGCGUCAGCUGUGUGAGUAUGAGAGCCUCAUUUGCCAUCGAGACACUAUCCUCUCUGAGCGGACAAAUUGGACAGAGAAUCUGGCCGAGGCCUUGGAGGAGAACAAGGCCACAAUCCGGGAGCUGAAGCAGAAAAUCUCUCACCUGGAGGAGCAGCUGAGUCAGAGCCAGGACGGGCCUGAGGGGUUUCAAGAAGGGAGCCAAGAACUAGCUGGGGAAUGGAUAAAGCUGCACCCCCAGUCACUGUGCUUGGAGAUUGAGGCCAUUCAGCAGAGACAAGAAAUGGGAGCAGGCCUUCGCAACCCUCUGUGUGGUGCUCAGCCUUGGGGAGAAGCCUUGCAUGGAACGGGAGGAGCCGAGGUCCUAUGUAAACCCCUAGCUGAGGAGUUGACAACUGCCCAAGAGAAGCCAAGUGAAUCACUCAGCAGCAGGGAGGAGAAUUCCUGCUCACUUGGAGAGAAGGGCAGCUGUGGACAGUGGGACCAACAAAGAGCCGGCGAAAAUGGGCUGAGGCCCCAAGACGGGGCUGGACACCCAAGCACCCUCGGGAGCCUGCAGCCCGGAGACUCCCCUGAUGCUGGGAGCCCCAGUGAUCCAGGCCCCCAUCAGGCCUUGGAGCCAGUAAGGAGCCAGCUGGUUUCAGCUCAGAGCAGGACAAGCUGGGAUCAGAUCUACCCCAGCCCUUUAACUGUCCAGAGACUGAGGAUCCUCUGCCUUCCCUUGGCCCAGCCACGCAUCCUGGGCCUCCUGUUACUGCUGCUUCUGCUCUCUGCCCUGGUCCUGGCCUCCUCCCGGUCUCUGGCCUGGCCCUACCUCCAGCUGCAUUACCUCGGGCCCCCACCAGUGUGAGCCCCUGGCACUGUUUCUGAUCCAAUAAAUUCCCUCCAUUCCCCCACCCCCAGCCCGGAGUGCUGUUCUGCUUUGUAGGGACACCACUCCUUAGGGAGACCCUGGAGACCUGAGCGUGACUUCCUGCAUCUCUCCUUGGGUGCUGGUAGCAUUCUAGGAGCUGGUGGAGUUACUCUGUCACCGCUCAGGAAUAGGGAGUCCCCAUUCCCCCCCAAGUUAUGCAGGGUCACUACAGGGGGAGGAAUGCUGAAUGUGGAAUCAGAAGGCCUGGGUUCAAAUUCUGCUCCUGCCCCCUUAAGGCCCCUGCUUAACCCUUAAGGUCCCUCCAUUAAUACACUCUAGGUAAAGUUGUAAACUGAUCCAGUCAUUCUGUAGAGCAAAGGGCAAUAAAACUGUGCGUGCUCUUUGACCUAGUAAUACCACUACUAGGUUGGUAUCCUAAAAGAGA